UAAUUUUUUUUUUUCUUGCCGGAGAUGAAGAUAGGGGCGGUUCAGCAGAGUUGGCUUGUACGGACACCGGUGCUUCCUCCGGCGGUUCGUUGCUCUAUCCGCCGGAAUGUAAAGCCGCAGCUCGGGUUUCCUCGCUCGAAGAGGUUGUCUCGUGGUGUGGUUCUGGCGGUUCAUGGAGGGAGAGGGUAUGAGUCUCCAUGGGAUGAAAAACCCUAUGAAACUCUUUCCACUGGUAAAAGAGUUUACGUUGAUGAAUCUGAUGUUGUAACGUUUCUUGAUCCCCCCAAGGAGUUGAUUCCAUUGGACCCUACUUCAUAUAACCCAGCUGCUUAUCUCUGGAAAAAGAUUGAAGAUAUCCCCGAAGAGAGGCGCCACCGUCUGCUGCAUUUGUUAGAGCCAAGGCUUAUAUCAAGAGCGUGGGAAAUAGCAAGCGCUCGUUAUGAAGAUCCAAAGUUAGCUAAGAUGACUGCAUCCAAGUUGUUCUCUUCUGGAGAUGCGGGGAUUUCACUUGAAUACUUCAACUGCCGAACAAGUCAGGGUCCACUGAUCAUAUCUUGGAUCAAUUCAUUUAGGAUGGCUGUGUUUUGCUCCAACAAUGGCCAAAUCUAUGGGCGUGUAUGUGGUGGACCGAUAGUUUCAACCCUUGCGGAUUCUUUCAGUCCUCUAUACUUUGAGGUCAGAGAAGCUAUGGAAGUUAUGGCCACAGAAGAACCGUGCGACAUAGCAUGCAAUUUUGGUGAUGGGCUUCUUGCUAUUGAAGAUUACCCGAAAGGCUUCCCUCCACCAGCAAAGCAUCCAUACCCAUUCAACGACAGCGUUGUCAUAUACAUACGACACAUAGGUCCUGGUGUAUGCGUAGGACAAGCAUGGCAAGAAGGGAAAGAACUGCAACAAGUUCCUCAGAGAUUAUGCUCCGACAUUCUAAUGGUCAAACAAUACAACUGAAUCAGGCUUUAGUUAAAUUAGAUUGCAAGCUUUUCAGAUUAGCUUGAAGAGCUUUUUGUUAACUUGUAUUCGAAGUUUUUAACUACUAGUUUUAAAACCUUCGGAUUAGUGUAUUAAGAUGAACAAGCAAGGUUGUUUGAAAGUGCUAAACCUAUUUUCCAUUUUACAUUAUGCCUGAUUUGGCAAAUAUAUGUUGUUAGGUUCUGAUAUU